UAUUUUACAGAUCGUUGUGGUAUUGGAAGAAUUUGUUGAAAUAAGUUAAUUUCGUUGGUGUGAUAUGGUCGUGAUCGCAAAUUUUCCAGCGAAUGUAUCUUUUCCUCGGAGUCACAUGAAAACGAAGAAUUGGAAACGCUGGAGCAAGUUUCAUCUCAUCUAGCUACAACAAUCGCACCGGAACCUUCUUCAGGAUGUGGAAAAUCCCAGAAGUACUCAUUCUUUUGGCCCUUAUCACUUCUAGCCUAUCUCUUGAAACGCCGGACAGUGAGGUUCACGUUGAAAAUUUUCAAGAGCCAGAAGAAAAUUUUGAAGAUGCCUCCCCUGUCAGAUCCGUUGUGGAGGAAUUAUUUAUGGAAAAUGCAGGGCGGAGGCUGAGGAGAAGUCAGUGCCGUGCUGUGAAACAAGAAUUAUCGCAUCCGUCUUUCCGUCGUGUCAGAACUGAAGACAAAGAUUUCACCGCUGUUCAAAACUCUCGAAAAGAUUCUCCAUGUUCUGAUUCAGAUAUACUUCUCGAUGACCGGCGAUUGAUCGCUCAUCCUGAUCCCCUGAUAAUUUCGACUUUGGAUGGAGAACUGCAUGCGAUUUCCAGAGAAACAGGGAACAUUUUGUGGACAGUGAAGAAUGACCCUGUGCUCCGCAUGCCACCCGUCGGAAACGGAGGAGCCCGAAACCAAGUCAACAUGCUGCCAAAUCCUAAAGACGGCUCUUUGUACGUCAUCAAUAAUUCCCCUGAUGCCAAAGAACCUAUACGUAAACUCCAGUUCACAAUCCCGGAGUUAGUUUCUGCAUCCCCUACGAGAAGUUCUGAUGGAAUUCUUUACAUGGGCAAAAAAGUUGAUCGUUGGAUGGCCCUGGAUUCUCGCACGGGUUUCAAAUACAAUAUCCCAUCUCUCACAGACAUUGUGGAAGAAGAGGUCUGUCCUUAUGACCUGCAAAACCCUGUUCUUAUCGGUCGUUCAGAAUAUACUAUUUCAAUGAUGGACAGUAAACUCCGCAAUGCAAGGUCCUGGAACCUGACUUUUUUCGACUACGCCGCCAUGGACUUACCCGACGAAGACGACUAUGACUUGGUCCAUUUUACGUCAAGUUCUGGUGGAAAAAUUCUGAGCAUGCAUCGCUCAACCGGGCGCGUUAUGCACGAACGAGCCGUUGGUGACUUGCCGAUUGUUGCAGUUUAUUCUUUGCGUAGUGAUGGGAUGUUUCGUGUGCCAUUCACAACCGUUGCUCCAGAAACUCUUGAUGCACUCGCCAUGAACCCUGCUGGAGAUUUUGUGGUUCAGCAUCGUGAAUUGUUUCCAACUUUGUACGUGGGUGAAUGGGCUCAAGGAUUAUACGCAGUUCCCUCUAUGGUUGACGAGUCAAUUGCGACCAUUCGUUCUCUUCCUGGACCAUCCUUGCCACCGUUAUUGGAAGGCCCUCAGAAAUCUGAGGAGGCUGGAGCUACCAAGCAGCGCCAGAAGAAUAAUUCAGAAGACGAUCCUGCUGAGAAGCACCUAGUUUUGAAAGCAGAACCUUUUGUCGUGUUGGGAUACUACGAUAUUAAGGAGCCUUCGAGAAGCACGGUGAAGAAUAAAAAUCGAUUACCUAUUCAGCCAUCUGAAAUGAAGCUUGACCCCGGGAAUGUGAGAAAUACCACGAAGUCGACUCCGCAAGAAGUCAAUGUGCAGCCCGAAAUUGUUGCGGAGUCUCCCAGCAGUUGGGGAUUGUGGAUAAUGCUUCCCACAGUGGUAUCUACGUGUGUAAUUGUAAUAGUUCUUGCGACGCGUUGGAGCGUGAAUGAGAGUUCAAAGUCUCGUUCAAGUGUGUAUGUAGGAAACGUGGAUCCAACUUCGAUUACAGCUUACGAAGAACAGGAUGAGUUCGGUGUGCGUAUCGGGAAAAUAUUUUUCGAUCAGAAACUCAUCAUCGGACGUGGUUGUGAGGGGACAUGUGUCUUCAAAGGACGCUUCGAUAAUCGUGAUGUGGCAGUGAAGAGGCUUCUUCCGGAAAGUUUCACGCUGGCGGAUCGUGAAGUGAAUCUUCUGAGAGAAUCAGAUCAGCAUCCAAAUGUUGUGCGAUAUUUUUGUACUGAGCAAGGCCCUCAGUUUCGGUACAUUGCUCUUGAACUCUGUUCUGCCACAUUGCAUGAUUACGUAGCGAAUGGAACUCACAAAGAGGAUAUUGGGGUCUUCGAGAUUCUGAGACAAGCCACGUCUGGGUUAAAACAUUUGCAUGAUCUCAAUAUCGUGCACCGUGAUGUGAAACCUCAAAAUGUGCUAAUAUCUAUGCCAUCAUCUGGGCAGCCGAGAAUUCGUGCUAUUCUGUCAGACUUCGGACUUAGCAAGAAGUUGAAGCUUGGGAAAAUGUCUUGCUCUCAGAAUUCCGGCGUUGCCGGAACAGAAGGUUGGAUUGCGCCGGAAAUUUUGAAAGGUGAAGGGCGGACUACAAGGUCUGUGGAUGUGUUUUCUCUCGGCUGUGUCUAUUAUUAUGUGCUGAGUGAUGGUCAGCACCCGUUUGGUGAUCCCUUCCGUCGUCAGGGCAAUAUCAUUGCCGGUGAAGCUUGCCUGGAUGUCACAUUUUUCCCUGACGAUGAUGAUGACCUAUGGAAACAUCUCAUACGUGCUAUGAUUCAGACUGAUGGAUCAGAUCGACCGACCCUGGUGGAAGUCCUUCAUCAUCCUGCAUUCUGGACAUCGACCGAAAUCCUCCAUUUCUUCCAAGAUGUGAGCGACAGGGUUGAGAAAGACACGGAAAAUUCUCCCAUUGUGAGAGCUUUGGAGUUUAGAGCCUGGCCUGUGAUCCGCAACGAUUGGCUUGGUGUUCUCGAGCCCGAAAUCGCCGAGGAUUUGCGAAAAUUUCGAUCGUAUCGUGGGAAUUAUAUCCGAGACCUACUUCGAGCUUUGCGGAAUAAAAAGCAUCAUUACCGAGAACUGACGUCGGAGGCACAAGAGAUCCUCGGCAACAUUCCUGACGAGUUUGCUCGCUAUUGGACCAAAAAAUUCCCUAACCUGGUUUUGCAUGUGUGGGAGCGAGUGUCUAGACUGCGACACGAGUCUGUUUUCAGUCGCUAUUACCACUCUUCAUUCUCUUUCCGGGAUCCACAAGUGCCGGAAUUUGAUGACGAAGUCGUGACGCAAGAAGCUGAAGAAGAUGAAGGACUUCUGCUGUGGCGCAGAAGUCCGCAAAAAAGUGUGAAUGUUAGAGGAAAGAAUAAGAUUAAAAAUGCCAAGAAGCGUCAGAGUGGAAAGUCUAGAUCAGAUCGCGAAAAUUGGCGAGAGCGGAGUGUUGAACAAUUUUUUUCUUGGUAUGUGAUGGUUGUCCAGGUCGCAGUUUUGACCUCGUCUGGCGGCAUACCUGUCUUGACGUGCAGCAGUGAUGGAAGCUCCAUUCCGUUCCCUAUUCUUGGUUCCCUCAAUGGAAUUUGGCUGUUCUGCAAAUCCAGCGGUGGUUCAUUGAAAUCGACAGAAAAUGAAUAUGGAUCCGUUACUUGGAAGGAAUUCGUCGAAAAUAUAUUGGUGAUAUGCAUACACAAUAACAAACCUCCGAACAAUGCGUAUUUGCCACCAGUUUUGGUGGAUAAUAUAAUUGAGCUGUGCUAUGGUGCCAUGUUGAUGUCAGUGGGGACUGAAGGGCUGAAGAAUCCGAACGCGGAAUCUCUUCGAAAAGAUUUGCAGAGCAGCGUCCCCUUGAUCCGUCAGAUCCUUCUGCGCUUUGGACCGAAAAAACAACGGUUAUUCGCCGGCCUCACGAGUCUUUCCGAUGUUAUUAUUUGCGAGGAAGCUUUCAAACUGGAGGAAAUCGUCGAGAAUUUCUGCAGUCGCAAUGAAACUCCGUACGGAUUGUUGACGAUUGGCAAGAAAGUCGCAGCUGCAACUUCAUCUUGGUGGCACGCUUUGACACAUGCAGAAAAAGCCCUCUUUCUCCUUUUCGCUGCGUUACAAGAGGAAAACGGUGUCGCCCGGGAUUGUCCCGUUUAUUUGCCUGUCAAAAGUCCCACGGUUCCUUAUAGAUUCGUGUCCAUGACGCUUUUGGAAUCGAUUCAAGAGGAUGAACGAGUGAGCUUAUGUUUGCUUUGUGGAUCGAAGCCACCGCUGAGUGAAGUGAUGCGACAAGUGCCUGUCGACUUCGGUCCUGUUGCCGACUUGCUGAAAACCGUCGCCUCGAAUGUAUCGACAGGAAAAUCCGCUCUGCCGCGGGGCUUGUCAUUGCAUAAAAGUGUGUUCGGACCCCCUGAGGCACCUCCACCUGUUGGCAUCAAAGACAGAGUUAAAACCAUCCUUAAGAGCAGCUGCGCCACCAAGGGACUUCGCAGGAAUUUUCUGGCCCUGAACUUUGCGGACGGGAAAGUCUUCAGUUAUCAGAAGAAAGCGCCGGUCUCGGACAAGUUGGUCCCAAACUCCGGUGGAGACGUUCCGCAAAAAGUCGAUCCAGAUUUGAUAAAUCUAAACGCCCUGACUGCGGCGUUUUGUGAAACCAGGGAGAUGUUCACAUAUCAUCAAGUAGGCUUGGAAUCUCGGAUACCAGGAACCGGAGAAAGUUUUGAUUCGUGCAUGGCGGAAAUGGGUUGCUCGCAAAUGUACCAAAAUUAUGAAACUCACGCCUGCUAUGGGAUUGAGCGAUGGCCUUAUCAAUCCACUAACGGAAUCUGCUUUCUCAGGUCAAUUACCAAGGAUAUCCUCGACGGUGUGACGACGUCGAAAAAUCCGGGGAGCGUAUGA